GCAAACUCGAACCUGUGUUAAUUCCUGUCGAAACAGAAAUUUUUUUACACUUAAUUCUUUCAGUCGAUAUUUCGGUACCGCUACAAAAUAUUUUAUUAAAUUUAUAAUUUUUUGCACAUUUUUAAGUUUAGUGUGAUUUUAACGAAAAGUAGCUGAGAAAAGGUUUAAUACUUAAUGCUCUUCGAGAUAUGUUGGUGCAAAUAGACUCGUUAAUUCGUGAUUGAGUGAAAAGUGAAAUAAGAAGAAGUUUUUUUUGAAGCUCGUGAAAAGAUAAAACUGAAAUUAAUUGAGAGAGUUACUUAAUAAAUUAUACAAAAAUGAGAUCAAAUGUCCAGCAAAGACCGACAACGACGCAAGCAGAGGAAAUGGGCCUCGGUCCUAAGAAGACAUUAUUAGUUAUAGUUACAGUCGUAGGAUGUAUCGCUGUUCUCUUCCCAAAAAUCUUCUAUCCAAUGAUUACGGGUCCUGCUACUAUAAAACAGGAUCCCAAUCGUCUACCGCCAAAUUUACAAAAGCAAGAGAGACCACCUCAUUUUAAGGACGUUAUACAUCCUGGUUUACAGGAACGUGGAAGAGCUAUUCAUCCACUUCCGACUGUACCGAUUAUUGAACGACCAGGAAGACCCGGUGGACUUCCUUCAAAUAUCGAACGACGACCUGGAUCGCCGAUGGUCCCGGGUCAACCAGGUCCAAAUUUACGAGCAGCAUCUUUCCAAGCUCAGAACCAACAGCAACAAAAAGCCGCAAGCUCAUCAAUUAUAAUGCCAUUAUACACGUUCGGCAUUGUAGCCUUCUUCGUAUUCACUAUUGCCAAAAUUUUGCUCAAGAAAACCAAGCCAGAAGUAAAAGGAGCAAUGCAGUCAGAUCCAAACUUUGUAGAGAAAGUCUUCAAGCAAGCAGUACCACAAGAACCGAAGAAGAAAUUGGGAUGGAAAGAUCACAACGCAAUAUAUACAGCAAUUCAGGGAAUUAUUGAUGCUACCAAUAACCAGUUGAGUGAGAUCGAACGAGAGUGUGCUGAGAAAAAUGUUGAGCACAUAAGUAACAAUAAUAAUGCUCAUAAAACAGGUGAAGAUGAGUGUGAACAUGAAAAUAUUCAUGAAAACACACAAGCUGAUAUAAAAUUGGAUGAGAAUGAAAAGUCAACAGAAACGAAUGAGAAGGAGGAAGAAGACAUGAAGGUAACAAAGGAUGAAUCAUCAAAAGAUUUAUUGAAUGUGAAUGGAGAAGAUUCCGAGUCUAAAAAUGAAAGCAAUGAUAUUAAAUCUGAACAUAACAUUGAGGUUGAAAAGAGGCUGAAUCAUCUUCGAGAAGCAAUGCACAUCAAGUCAGUGAGAAAUAUUGAGAAUUCAGAUCUUAAGUCAAUAUUCCUUGAAGGUGAAUUGCCACACGAUCCUAAGAUUUUCGUGUCAGCGACUGAGACAGAGACAAAAACUGAGCGACUCUCACAAUAUCCUUCAGUGAAGGAUGUUGCUGAGGAUGAGACAGUCAUAUUAAGUGGUAAAAUGACAAUUUCAUUAAUUAGCUUAGCUAACGAUGACGAGAAGAGUGGAAUUGUCGAGGAUCAUACCACUACGAAUAAUGUUGCAUAAGAAUUAGCUCAUCAUAAACAUAAACAUUAAUUUUAGGAUCCCACAAAAGUCGGGGUUGUUCAUGAGUGACGUUGAUCAAUUUGGGAUUGUUUCCU